AUGCCGCUAUCUUGCGACGAGUAUCUGGACUUCGAUAACCUGCCGGAAACGAAUUUCUCGUGUCAAGGGAAGGUGAUUGGCGGAUAUUACGCGGAUGUCGAAGCAGGCUGUCAAAUGUUUCACGUCUGCACCAUAGGCCAAAAAGACGAGAUUAUGGAUAUAAAGUUCCUCUGUCUGAACGGGACCGUCUUCGAUCAGGAGACCAGGGUCUGCGAGAGGGUCGACGAGGUCGACUGCAGCAAGAGCGAGCGAUUCUACAAUCUAAAUCUGGAGCUUUACGGCAAUAACGCUGUGACAUUUAGCUUGCACGAGAACGGCGAGGACGAGGAUGACCUUGCGGAACCGGUGGAGGAUCAUCAGACGCGAACGACCUCGGCGCGACCCAGCACGACCAGCACGACGAGCAGCACGACGACGUCCCGGCCGAGCAAACCGUCUACCACGGCCGCAAGCGGAUCCUUCCAGCAUCCGGCCGGUUAUCCGCAGCAUUAUCAGCCGCAGCCGCCGUUCCCGCAAGUGCACACGAGCCAGUCCAAGUCGUUGUACGACGACAAGAACGGCGGCUAUCAUCGUCAGUACAUCUUCCACAACGACGAGCGCGUAAACGACCAGGCCACGUCGUUUCAGUUGUUCAGCAAUCAGGGCGCCGCCAGCUCGACGACCGUGUCGCCUGCGUCGCCCACGCCGCAGAUUCAUCAGGUCAGGUACAGCUCGACGGUGGGCCCGCCGCCGCAGAUCAUUCACAACGAACCGUCGACCGUGACGCCGCUGUUCCACGCCACCUCAUCCACGAUACAGACGCUGCUCAACAGCAACGCCAACAGUCCGACGGCCUUGAUCAACCCCAUCUUUCAUAAUCACGGCAUCGCGAGCACCACCGAACAGUUCACCGUCCACAGCAACAAUCCACGCGAGACCUCCGACUAUCACGACGAGAUCGAUCACGAGCAGGGUGUCCUACCGUUGGAGGCGUUACAUCAAUCUAACAAGGGAAAGGUUUCGAAACUGACGAUAUCUCCGGUGCCGAGUCAGCAGGAGUCGUCCCGCACGGUGCAGAAGAUCACGAGUCAAUCGUCGCAGCAACAAAAACAACAACAGAGAUUAACCGGCAACUUCUUACCCACUCCGUCCACCGUCGAGACGACCAUCAGGUCGUUCUAUCCUACGCCGAAACCCUCGCCAAAGCCUUCGCAUUCGUCGCAAUCGGUCACGCGUCACGUUACGCAACACGUUCACGUGUCGCGGCCGGUGCCGCAGCUGAAGCCUCAUCGGAUCACGAUAAAUCUGCCGCCCCCGGAUAUCCAGAGGAUCGUGCAGAAUCCGUCGCCUCUGUUGCCGUCGCAAUCCCGGGUGAUCGUCACGGCGAAGGCCAGCGUGAGCGACGAGUCCGGCAGGCCUCUCAACACCACGCAACUGGUGACGCUCCCGUUGCCGACCAUACCGGCAAACUACGACGACUACAAAGAGGGAGACGAGUCCUUCGAUCCGUUUUAUCGCGACGUUCCGAAAAUUCGCAGAUCGCGAAGGAUCGUGCCGAGAAGAUUGACGGGAAGAACAAUCUCGCGAAGCAAACGAUCGGUGGAUCAAUCUUAUCGCUUCGUCUACGGGACGGACGUUCAGAGUGGAGAUACAAAAGUGACGCAGAACAGCGAACAGAUUAACGUCAAGGAUAACGCGACGAACGAGAAAAAUAAGCAUCUUGAGAUUGCGAUCGGAGAUUUCCGAGUUAUCAAGGAAAAUUUGAUCAAGUUCAGAAAUAUUCUCUUCAGCGAUAAGGUGGAUUCUUUUCGCGAUUCUCCUCAAGAAAUUGGGAACGAUACCGAACGCAUAGAAAUUGCAAAACCCGUGAGGGAACAGGUGAGAGAGAACGCGAUAACAAAAUCGGAUUAUUUAUCGGACUUGAAGAUGGAAGGUUCGAAACAUUUGGAUCUACACAAAGAUGAAGAAGACGACGAAGAAGACGACGAGAAAAAGCACGAUUCGUCUUCUUCAAGCGCCGAAGCUAACACCGAAAAGUCGUUCGAUGAGGAAAAGUCUGUCAAAAGUACGAAAUCGGAACACGAAUUAGAACUUGCCGUUAACACCGAGUCCACAAAUACUCAUUCUGAAGAGAAGACUCAUCGACGAGACGAUGUUAUAGAGGUGAUAAUAUUAGAUUCCGAUCCAAAUACUUUUGAAGCGAAUCCCAUCACUGUGAAACCGGACGUCGAAGCGCCAAAGACUGACGCACCUAUCGAGAUCAUCAUCGAAGACGAAACCAGAUCUGGCUCGCACGAUGUAUCCAACGAGAAAAUUACGUACAACGGACAAAUUGUGGGAUACUUGACGAAGAAUAAAUCAGAAAACCAAUUGAGUUCCGUGAGCAACGAGGAGAAGCAGGCGAAACCGCAAGGAACAGCCAAGCGAAAAAACACGAAAGAUUCUACGGGAUCAAAAUCGACCGGUUCGAGAAGAAAAACAUCUCGAUCGAGAUCUCCGAGAAGACGCAUAUCUUCGAGAAUAAAACAGCAAAGAACGGAGUACGUUGAAGUCACAGAGACAACUCAGCGGAAAGAAGAAGAAGAGGACAAAACGACUACUGCUGCUAGUACUACCGUUGCCAGUACUACUGCUGCCAGUACUGCUUUUGUUAUUACGACGACACCAUCGAGUCCACCGUACGAGGCAAAAGUUGCAGACCAAAUCGACAGCCACAUCUUCGAAGAACCGUCGGAAUCGCAAACUUUCAAGGGAAUAGACACGAGAGCGAUUGGCCAACGCGACGCGGUGUAUUCGAAGAGCCUGCAAAACGACGACAAGAGUCAGAACGGCCGAGAAAAUAAAGAGAUGGGGCGAUCGUUCGAUCAUCAAAUUACAAACGGUUACGCCAAGAAUUUGGAAGAACACGCUGAUGAUAAGCCUGAGGAAGAAAAUCAAGAAGAAGAAAAAGAAGAAACCGAAUCGACUGAUUACGCGCGGAAUACUAGUCCACAAGAUACGAACUUUACUGAAAAUCCAUCACAAAGUGUGGAGGAAGAAACGAAACCGCUGGAAAACACACAUGUUUCCGAAGAAAGAAAAUCUUUCGACGAAUUAUCUUCCAAAGAAACUUCGAGCGAAGAAAAAGCUGCUUCUGACGACGAAUCUAUCACCGAAGAUACGAAUGAUGAAAAAGCCGAAGAAAGAAAAUCCUCCGACGAUAUAUCCUUCAAGGAAACGUCGAACGAAGAAGAAGCUUCUGACGACGGAUCUAUCACCGAGAACACGAAUGAUGAGACCGAGGAGAGAAAAGUGUCUGACGAAUUAUCCUUGAAGGAAACGUCGAACGAAGAAGCUCCUGAAUCUAUCACCGAGGAUACAAAUGAUGAGAUCGAGGAGAGAAAAUCGUCCGACGAAUUAUCCUUGAAGGAAACAUCGAACGACGAAGCUUCCGACGACGAAUCUACCGAAGAUACGAAUGAAAACGAAAAGUCCUACGAAGAAAGCUCGGAACAGAUAUCGGACAAAAAAUCUUCCCGCGAAGCAGCAACUUCUUCUCGCGAGGACAACUCCCAUCAAGAAGAAGAAUCCGAUCACGUGACUUCGAACGUUGAUGAUGCGAACGUCGAGGACGAGGAAUCCUCGACCACAACGAAAUACAACGAAGAGACAAUUUCCGCGGAAUUGGACGAGUAUCAAGACACAACGGAGUUAUCGGUGGAAAACGCAAGUGACGUCGAAAAAGAUUCGGAAAACACCAAGGAUUCGACAACAUCCGCGGAUCGCACGAGUUUCGAGGAAUACACCGAUUCUCACGAAGACGCGAAUUCGUUCGAAUCCAGCACCGAAGGUAUCUUGAAGUUCACGGACGAAUUACCGAAAUUUGAUUCGAAAGACGAAGAUGUCGAGACGAAGGAGCCCGAAUAUCCUUCGAAAAUCGAUGUGCACGAUUACAUCGAUGACAAUUACGAGCCGCAAAAUUACAAGGAGAUGGAAAAAAUCACAACCGAAUCGUACGAUUUCGAAGAAGAAGAAAAGAAGACGAAGGAAGAAAACAAUAAAAAAGAAGAAAAUAAAAAUACAGCAAAAGACGUCGAUCGUAAGAAGAACAUUGAAACGCACGAGACCGACGUCGAGGCGGUAACGCAGACGGAGUAUGUGGAAGGUAUUACUGAAGUUAUCGAUCUUAAACAAACUACGGAAGAAACAAACUUAACCGCAACUUCUUCGACCACACCAACAUCGACUACGUCAGCAACUUUAACGACCAGUGCAACCACCACCACAACAACAACAACAACUACUACUACUACUACUACUACUACUACUACUCCUCGUCCAACAACUACCACUCCUCGCGCUACCCCGCCAAAACUCUUUAAGCCCACGGGAUCCAGAAGGAUCUUCGCAUAUAUUCCUCCCACGACCACUCCGAAUCCGGUGGUGAUUAAACCGAGAGUCGGCCUCUACAAUCCGAAGCCGGCGAAACCGCCUAAGUCUUACAACGAGUUAGCGCCGAAGCCGGUGAUCAGGAAACUUUCUUUGUCGCGUAAACCUGCCACCACCACCACCACCACCACCACUACUAGCACCACUACACCCACUACCGAGACUGCUACUAAAGAAAGGCUGAAUACAGAAAUCCCGGAGACUACGAUGGAAUCCGUGAUGACGACAAUAGCGACCAUCACGACAACGGAGUCCGGAAAAAGCGAAGAGAAUGUUCUCGAGAGCAAACUGGAGAAGAACGAGCCUGCGCUUCUCGACUCGAAGUACGAUCAGACGGAGAAGGAGGAUCAGCUUCCGAGCCCGACCGAGCAGAAAAUCCCCGCCAACUCGUCCAGAGAUACCGAGCCGCAAAUUUCGACCGAGAAAAUCGAGACGACGUUUACUCCUUAUCCUUUGUCCAGAUUAUCCACUCUGAUAUCUUCCGUCGAGCAAACGACGAAGGAGAUCGAACAACAACAAGAAACGACGGAAACGACCGACAUCUUCGUGACAAUUUUACCGACGACGCUGGAUCCCGAAAAAUCGCACAUCGAGACUAGCACCGAUAAGAUAAUUCUUGAACAAUCGAAACCCACGCUGGCUCCCAUCGAAGUUCAGCAGAAUGUCACGGAAAUUCCCUCGGUCACCUUUGUGUAUCCGGUUACGUCGAUUCCGAUUUCGACGACCGUUCAAUAUAAACCGGAAAACGUAAAUUCCGUCACGACGAAACCUCCGGCGGUUUUCAAACCUAGCAAUCGGAAGUUCGCGAACAAUCUCCGGAAACACGCGAGCUUCAAUUGCCUGGAGAAGGAGAUGUAUCGCUUCUACGGCGACACGAGAGACUGUCGAUUGUUUCAUUACUGCUCGCCCGGUUUCACCGCGCGGCAGGUGUUGGACUUCCGGUUCGUGUGCGAGGAGGGCACGGCGUUCGACGAGGAGACGCAGAGCUGUCUGCACGACAUGCCCAAUCGAAAGUGUCGAAAUCGAUCCUGGUGAGAAGAGCCGUUUUUGUCCGCGUCGUGCGUCCUCCGUUUCAUUGAUUUUGAUAAUUCGUGAAUCCUCUAGGACUCUUUAGUAUAUAUAUAUAUUUAUAGAAUUCGUUUUUUUUUUUUUUUUUUUUUUUUNUACGCGCAACACGUAAGCCCGAGGGAAGAGAAAGGCUCUUCCUCUUCUUAAGCCCACAUUGCCAUAGCGCCUCUCGCGCUGGAUUCACACUUAUUAAAAUUAAUGCGAUCCAAAAUCGGCACGCGCGACUGCCGAUCGGAUCAGAAGAGGAAGCGCACUCGGUGAUCCAAACUGAUAAAGAAUCUCACUCUCGGCAACUGCCACAGACUAAGAGAGCGAAAAGAAAAGAAUCCGGUUCCUACGUUCGCACUUCUCGCAGCGUGUGACGACGCAGACAAUGUCGACGCGAGAGAUAUUUAAGCGAAAAAAUAGUCGCGCGUGAUGCAAUUAAACAAGCAUGCGCGACGCGCAUUUCUAUUCCCGAUUUGGGAAGAAACGCGCGAAUUUAAAAAACAAAAAAAAAAAAAAAAAAAACGUUGCCGAAUAUUGCCGAAGAAAUUUUAUGUCACGGUUAGUCUCGUGACAAUAGAAAAUUCGUGCUCGCAUGUGACGCGAUUGCGAGUGAUUAACGAUUUUUUUGUUUUUUUAAACGAAAAACAGUUGCUUCCGAUUGAAUGAAUAAAAUUAAUACGUUAUUCAAAUU